UGUUUGCGGUCGGAGGUUGUGGACAGAGAAGAAAGUAGUACUUGUAGAUUAUCAUUUAAUACCUGCUCAAAGUUUCCAUGACUUCCUGUAGCGCAGCCGUAAUGGCUUGAACAAACUUACAAUAUUCCUUGAACUUACAAGACUCAGAAGGUAUUUUCCUAACGACGGAGCAGCCAGCUAGUCACCGACUGGAGAAACAAUGUCCAACCGUCUCGCUUUCCAGACUCAGCUGGCCUCCAUCAUGGAGGUCCUUGCUAAUGCAGCGGUGGCGGAGAUCUGUAAGCUGGUGGACGACGACUAUGCUGUGGUUAGUUUACAGAUGUCUCAGUGCCAGAGGGAGAACAAAGCCCUCAAGAGGAAGCUGCAUCUGUUAGAGCUUAAGAUGGCUCGGGGAAACGCAGAGAGGAGACUCCGGGAGAGCGCCCUGAGCAGCAACGUUAGCAGAGCCAGGGUUCAGAUAAACAACGACAGGCUCCGCCAGCACUCGUCUGCUCCCGGUGGUGUGUUUCAGCGACAGUUGGAUGUGCCUCUCUGGUCUGGUAGAGCUACUGCAGGGGACACAACCAGCGAGCCGAUCCAUUCCGACAACAUCCAGAGUAAAUCACCAGAUGUGGAGCUGGUGGAACCGGAGGCACUGCUGGUGAAGGAGGAGAAGGUGGAGGCUAGUAUGUCACAACAUGAAGAAAUAGAAGACGACGUGCCACUCAUAAGAGAUGAUGGAGUGGUGGAGUGUGUUCCCCGUGGAGCUGCAAGACAGAGACCCAGCCCUGAACAGCUGGACACCCAAUCCCCCUCCAGCCAGUCCCAGUCCCAGAGCAGCAAGUUGAGGCACAGCGGCGGCAGCAGAGGAGCGGAGAAGGAGGAGGAACCAGACAUGGUGCUUGUGAAGGUGGAGGAGGUAGAGCUAGUGACUGGAGCCCAGAGCCAGCCAGGCCUCAGCAUACAGGAGGGGUUAGUGGAGUCCAGCACAGAUGACUACAGAGGAGUGCUGCCAUUUGAUGAAACCACACAAACCUCCACCAAUCAGCUAUCUGAUCUGCAGGAGUCUGGGCAGGGCUUCUCAGAGGUCAGCUAUGGCCAUCCUUCACUGUGGACUAAUGGGGGGGAUAAUUAUUGUCAUGAUGACAGCCUCCCAGGGCCAUCCUCGCACUGCGCCCCCCUUUCAUACCUGCCCAGCACAGUCAUUGGUGCAGAGCCUGGUAGCUCUGGGAGGGGAUUGGCUGUUGAGAAUUCACCUGAAAGGGGAUUGGCUGUUGAAAGUUCUAGAGGCUUCCAUACCUCUGUGUCCUUUCCACAGGCUCCUGUUAUCGAUCUGUCAGAGGAGUCCAGCCCCAUUCAGUUGUCAGGUCAAAUGCAGAUCGUGCAGCUCUCAGGCUCAGGGCCUCAACAGUUUCUGAACCACAGUCAAAGUCAGGGCCAGAGAAGUUAUAUCAGAGCUGACACGCAGCAGAAAAUCCCCAGGAAGAGGGUUUGCAUCUGUAGGUUCUGUGGGAAAGGCUUCAGUUCUCCGGCAAAUUUAGAAUCCCACCUCAGGACUCACACUGGCGAGAGGCCGUAUGGCUGUAGCAUCUGUGGCAAAAAGUUCUCCCAGUUCUGGAACCUGAAGAUCCAUCGCAACAUCCACACAGGGGAGAGACCGUAUGCGUGCUCACUAUGCCCAGAGAGGUUUUCUGACCCAAGCAACCUGAAAAAACAUGAAAAAAGACACCACCCACAAACAUAGACACGUAGUCCAAAACGCUUGCUUGGAGAAUGGUGUGUAUUGCUUGUGCCACAUUUCAAACCCUCCAAGGAAUCACAAUAACAACAUUUUAGUCAAGUUUUUCCCUUAAUAUUUAAUAAUCAAAUCCCAAAAUCAAUAGCAAGAUGAAGAGUAAAUCUAGUUUGCUCUCCUGUGGCCAAGAACAUUUCUUUAUCUUCUCAUCCCGAAUGUCAGUCACA